GGGCUGAACCAGCCCAGGUGUGUAUGUGUCUGUGAGUGUGUUUGCCUGUGUGUGAGUACUGGUGACCCAGUACCUGACCAAGCCCACCCCUUCCGCCUGGGUCCUAUAUUCCCACCAUGUGUACCCCUCUCAUCUGCCCUGGAGCCUGUACAGCCACGCCAUGCUGACCCUGAGAGCUAUAGAAAGCUGGUCACUAACUUUGCAGAUGGAUGAGCUCUGAGCAGCCAGAAGAGACUGGGGCUAUCAGCGCUGCCCCUGUCCUGCCAGCUUGGAUCCCCUCACAGGGUCCUCCUAGGCUCCCAACUGGAACCCUGACCAUGGAACCCUGAAGUGGUUCUGACUUCUUCAGCUCAGUGGCAGACCCUACCACCCCAGGCCCUUCCUGCCUUUCCCACAACCAGUUUUCAGGCUCCCAGAGGGAAGAGGUGGGGAGGGAAUCCUGAUCUCACAGAGCAGGGAGCAUCCAUCAUGAUGCUCAACUCAGACACGAUGGAGCUGGAUCUGCCCCCCACCCACUCAGAGCCAGAGUCAGGCUUCAGCGACUGUGGGGGCAUGGCGGGCCCUGACCAGGCUGGGCCCAAGGGUCUAGAAGGGGGCCAGACCCGGGGCCUGGAGCCAGGAGAGCCUGGCAGGAAAGACCUGCAGCACUUGAGCCGGGAGGAACGGCGGCGCAGGCGCCGGGCCACAGCCAAAUACCGUACAGCCCAUGCCACGCGGGAGAGAAUCCGUGUGGAGGCCUUCAACCUAGCCUUCGCUGAGCUGCGCAAGCUGCUACCCACACUGCCCCCCGACAAGAAGCUCUCCAAAAUUGAGAUCCUGCGUCUGGCCAUCUGCUACAUUUCCUACCUGAACCACGUGCUGGAUGUCUGAAGGCAGCCUGGAUGUGACCCCCUGCCGGGCCUGACUAGGUCCCUUCUCAUCACCAACUGGCUACAACAGCCACCUCUUCCCUGAGCCCUAUACCCUGACAUGGAGCCCCCCAGGCACCGGGCCCAGGAACAGUGCCCCAUCACCAGCUGGUCAUGAAGGCAACUUUCUAUUACCAACCCAGGCAUCCCAAGGCUGUUAUGGACACCUUCUGCAGUUUGUGGUUGGGCCCCCACUGUUAGAAGUGUCUGCUUGGGAGGCCAGUAUACAGUCCUUGCUGGAUUUACUAAGCCCACCACACAUGGGUCUCCACUGGCUCUCUCAUGGGCUACUGCCUCUUCUACCCCACAUCCAAUUAUCAGAGAUCCAGACACACACAGCCAUCUUCUUUCCACCCUGUUCCAGCUUCUGCCCCUUUUAGGGCAGGGGCAUCAGAACAGGAAGGGGGUAGGCUGGGCUUAGAGUGGAGUGAGCUUCUUCCUCAAAGAUCUCAGUCUAGUUUGGCAGAAGGGCCUGGGGAGCUAAUACCUGUGAGGUGAGUCUCAGUAGCUAAAAUUAAGGAAUAAGGCUUCCUAUCUUGUUUUCUGUCUUGUUUCUGAGGAUGCAGACCUUGGAUCUUACUUGGUAGUGAGUGCCUUGCCCUCUCUGUGCUAUUUGGCCCCCUCUGUGUGCCCUCCUGCUUCUACAGUCCCAAUUUUCUCCCUGGGUGUAGAGCUAGAGAAAAGGAAACCUAGAUCUUGCAGUAGGGGAUGAUGUCACCCAUUCCCAUCCCAGGGAAUGGGUGGGCCAGAUCUCACACCUGCUUUCUCCAUCCAAGCCCACCA